AUGGCCGGCCUGUGUGGGGAUCAUCUCCAGCCCCACCUAUGCAAGACUUGCGCCGUCCCUCGCUAUGCACUGAAGGGAAAAGGAAUGCCAGCGGCCACGCUGGGGCUUGCCUGUCACCACAGGAGAUUGAAAGAUGAUGAUAGUGGAGACCAUGACCAGAAUGAGGAGAAUAACACACAGAAAGACAGUGAGAAGGAAAAGAAUGAUCGAGAGAAACCACAGAGUACGACGAAGAGGAAGGCUGUUGUCCCAGGGCCAGCUGAGCACCCCUUGCAGUAUAAUUACACCUUCUGGUACUCCAGACGAACACCCGGGAGGCCCACCAGCUCACAGAGUUACGAACAGAACAUCAAACAGAUCGGCACCUUUGCCUCCGUGGAGCAGUUCUGGAGGUUUUACAGUCACAUGGUACGUCCUGGGGACCUGACAGGCCAUAGUGACUUCCAUCUUUUCAAAGAGGGUAUCAAACCCAUGUGGGAGGAUGAUGCCAACAAAAAUGGUGGCAAAUGGAUUAUCCGUCUGCGAAAGGGCUUAGCGUCACGAUGCUGGGAGAAUCUCAUUCUGGCAAUGCUGGGAGAGCAGUUUAUGGUGGGGGAAGAAAUCUGUGGGGCAGUCGUGUCUGUCCGAUUCCAGGAGGAUAUUAUCUCUAUAUGGAACAAGACAGCCAGCGACCAGGCCACAACAGCCCGGAUACGCGAUACGUUACGAAGAGUGCUCAACCUACCUCCCAACACCAUCAUGGAAUAUAAAACACACACCGAUAGCAUCAAGGAUAAUUCAAGCUUUCGAAACACAAAAAUCACAUUGUGAGAACAAGAGUGGGCACCAAGCUCCUCUCUCCGUGUUGAAAGCACUGAGAGGUCUCCACCAGUGCCCUCCGACAUCUGAAGGGACUCAUGGGCCACUCUCGCACUCCUCCUUGGAGGAAGGAUCCACCUGAAGCCCUCCAGCAGUGGUGACAAUAGAGGCUGUUUUUGUCAUACACAAACUUUUUUUUAGCAGUGGACAGGAGGCCAACCUUUCAAUUAGCAGUGUGCCCUUGGGGCCGCAUCUUGCAGCACUUUCCUCUUUCUCUACACGGCAUGCAGGAUCUCUGGGAUUCUGCCUCGACGUCAGAGCCUUUUGCUGAGGGACACCAGUAUUAUAAAUCUCUCUGCGGCUGGGAGGAGCUUCCCAGUUGAGAGUCAGCCCUGUGGUUUUCAAAUGCCCCCUUUCAGCUCUGCCAAUAAAUUAUUUGGUCUCUUUGUUUCU